UUUUAGUGUACAAAUCUCGCAAACCCCACCCACCACCACUAUAAAAGAAAAACAAAAGAAAAGAUGAUGCUCGGAGAUACUCAUCGUCCCAAUCCAACGGUACACGUUCAACCCUGGACUAACUUCGACGAUGAUCAGAUGGUUGAGAUUUACUCUCCUCUCAAGUACAAUGCAGCCGACAACUACUUCAACAACAACAGCAACCCGUUUUACCUCCAGGAAGCGUUAGCAGCGCUACAACGUUACUUGCCGUCGAACGAACCGGACGUGGAGUGGGAUUCGGAGUUUUCGGGUCUGGACAAACCGGAUUCUCCGGUGGACGCUUACACGUGCGAUCAAUUCAGGAUGUUUGAGUUCAAAGUUCGGAGAUGUGCACGAGGCCAGUCACAUGACUGGACUCAGUGUCCGUACGCUCAUCCUGGUGAAAAAGCUCGUAGGAGGGACCCGAGGAAGUGUCAUUACUCGGGUACGGCGUGCCCUGAUUUCAGGAAAGGAAACUGUCGAAAGGGAGACUCUUGCGAGUUCGCUCAUGGCGUUUUCGAGUGCUGGCUUCACCCGGCGCGUUACAGGACUCAGCCAUGCAAAGACGGGCCGUGUUGUAGGCGUCGCGUUUGUUUCUUUGCUCAUACUCCGGGCCAGCUUAGGGUUGUGAAUUCUGCUGAUUCUUAUGAUGGUUCACCUUCUUCUGCGAAAAGGCUGACUUUUUGGUCUUCCCCUGGUUCCGGUUCUCCUCCGAUGAGUCCACGGGCUGAGUCUUCACUGCCUGUUUCGCCUAUGGCUCAGUCGUUGAGUCGGUCUCUGGGUUCGGCUUCUAUUAAUGAGACGGUGGCUUCUUUGAGGAACUUGCAGCUUGGUAAAAUUAAGUCUUCGCCUUCUUCUUGGAACAAACAAGUAGGCUGUUCUCCGUCUCCUUCUCCUUCUCCUUCUCCUUCUGGGUUUGGGUCUCCCAGAGGGGCGGUGAUCCGACCCGGAUUCUGUAGCCUUCCUAGUACUCCGACCCGGAACUUGACCCGUCCUGGGGUUCGUUACUUGGAUUUCUGGGACAAAGGAUGUGAAGAAGAGCCGAUGAUGGAAAGAGUCGAGUCUGGAAGGGAUUUACGUGCAAAGAUGUUUGAGAAACUGAGUAAAGAGAAUUCUUUGGAAAGGGUUAACCCGGGUCAGUGUUCUGGAGGUCCGGACGUGAAUUGGGUUUCGGACCUGGUGAAAUGAAAAAAAAAAAAAUCUUUUUCAUUAUUUUCUGAUUUAUUCGAAUCUAUUCUUUCUUCUCCCUGUGAAUAGUAUCUGAAGAAAAAGAGAAGAAAAUCUGGAAUAUAUUUUGGGUAAGCAGCUGCACCAAAUCGAUGAUUCUGUGUAAAUAUCAAAUACUAUUAUUUCUCACAAGUGAUGGAAGUGAGGUGGUGACUUGUGAGGACUGCAAUCUCUUUUUUUUGGGAAAUUUUCUAUGAAUUUCAGGAGAUCAGAACUCGAAAAGGCAAAGAUUAUUGGUAUGAUAUUUAUCAUUGUAUAAUUUCAGAGGCUUUGUUUGUUCAUGUGCUUGUGCAGAUUAAUGCAAUGUAUAUUUUGUCAAAAAUUUUGUUAGUUUCUACUGUGUUCUAGUUUUAGUGAAUGAUGCAAUCAGU